CAAAGUUUAGGUCCGUCGGGAAACCUCGUCCUCAUGCUGAAACCUCAAAAUAUGAUCAAAAAGUUACUUCAAAUGUCACAAUGACAGCACAUAGACACGAUUAUUCAGCAUCACUGCUAAAUUAAUAACUCGAUACAAAUUAACUUUCUCUGCCCUCCGUUUCCGGAGUAGCUGUUAAGUUGUUGCAGAGGUCGAUAGAGGCAUGCUAGGAUGUGGAGGGCAGGUCGAGUCCUAUGUUUGAGGUUCACAGAGGGAGGAGGGACCAGACUUUGCUCCAGAAAACUCCUAGAACCUUCCACCUCCUUUUCAUCAUCAUAUUCAUCAUCUUCAUCAUCACCAUCAUCAUCGUCAUCGUCGUCUCUCUCCUUUCCGCGGCCCCAGGCGGAGAAACAGAGGAGGAGGAGGCAAAAGGAUGAGGCCAUUCUGACAUCAAAACACAGUACUAUUGAAGAAAACACAAUGAGAUGGAGUGAAAAAGAGAAGAUCGAGUACACUGGGUCAACUCCUCCCGGAGCAAAGAAAGACAGUCGCGUGCCAUUCCCAUCGGCCUACAGUCCGGAUUUCGUGGAGUCUAGCUGGUAUCAGUGGUGGGAGACAGAAGGAUUCUUCAGACCUGAGCAACAUGAGAGUCUACCUCAAGCCAUGGACCGGACCUUCUCACUCUGUAUUCCUCCUCCAAACGUGACAGGGACUCUGCACCUUGGUCAUGCUCUCACUGUGGCUGUGGAGGACGCGCUGGUCCGAUGGAGGAGGAUGCAGGGAUAUAGAGUCCUCUGGGUCCCUGGAUGUGACCAUGCAGGAAUCGCUACCCAGAGUGUGGUGGAGAGGAAGCUGCAGAGGGAGUGGGGGCGAAGCAGGAAUGAUUACAGCAGAGACGACUUCUUAAACGAGAUCUGGAAAUGGAAGAAUGAGAAAGGAGAUGAGAUUUACGAGCAGCUGAGGAAACUGGGGGCAUCUUUGGACUGGAGCAGAGCCUGUUUCACUCUGGAUCCUAGUUUUAGCAGAGCAGUGACUGAAGCAUUUGUCCGUCUCUCAGACCGCGGUCUCAUCUAUCGCUCUGAAGCAUUGGUUAACUGGAGCUGUGCUCUGGAGUCCGCUAUCUCUGACAUCGAGGUGGACUCUGUGGAGCUGGUUGGACAGACCAUGUUGUCAGUUCCUGGUUAUGAACACAAAGUUGAGUUUGGGACGAUGGUUACAUUUGCUUAUCCUCUGGACGGACAUGACGGAGAAGUUUGUGUGUCUACCACGCGUCCUGAGACAAUGCUAGGAGACGUAGCAGUAGCCGUUCACCCCGAUGACCCUCGAUAUCAGGGCGUUCAUGGUAAACAGCUCCGUCACCCGUUCACUGACGGACGUCUACCAAUCAUCACAGACCGUGCCGUCGACAUGACGCUGGGGACAGGUGCGGUAAAAGUGACCCCAGCUCACGACCACGCUGACUUCCAGCUCUCUCAGAGGCACUCACUGCCUCGCCUCACAGUGAUUUCAGGAGACGGCACCAUGAUGCCACCUAGUGGACACUGGCUGCAGGGAGUGAAGCGUUUUGAUGCUAGACAGCAGGUGGUGGACGCUCUGAUGGAAAAGAAACUGUUCAGAGAAAAGAAGAGUCAUGCCAUGACCUUACCGGUCUGCAGCCGCUCAGGAGACAUCAUUGAACCUCUGCUGAAGAAGCAGUGGUUUGUCCGCUGUGAGGAAAUGGCUAAAAAAGCUGUACAGGUGGUGGAGGAAGGAGAGCUGGAACUCAUCCCGAACGUCUACACCAAGACAUGGAAGAGCUGGCUGUCUAACAUCAGUGAUUGGUGCGUUUCCCGACAGCUCUGGUGGGGUCAUCAGAUCCCUGCAUACAGAGUACAGCUUCCUGAGCCCACUGACUCUCAGCAGGAGGAGCUGUGGGUAUGUGGCCGCAGCGAAGACGAGGCUCGGCAUCGAGCAGCAGAUAAAUAUGGAGUCAAACAGGGAGACAUCAUUUUGACUCAAGACCCGGACGUCCUGGACACCUGGUUCUCUUCAGGGUUGUUUCCCUUUGCCAUGUUGGGCUGGCCUAACCAGACCCCCGACCUGCAGCGCUUCUACCCCAACUCCAUCCUGGAGACAGGAAGUGACCUCAUCUUCUUCUGGGUGGCGAGGAUGGUGAUGCUGGGCAUGGAACUGACGGGACAGCUGCCUUUUAAACAGGUUCUCUUCCACUCCAUGGUGAGAGACAAACACGGCAGGAAGAUGAGCAAAUCUCUGGGAAAUGUCAUCGACCCAUUGGACGUCAUUCAUGGAGUCUCUCUGGAGAGACUUGAAGAGAAGGUAAACGAGGGGAACUUGGAUCCCAGGGAGCGGCUGGUUGCCAUAGAGGCUCAGAGACGAGAUUUCCCUGGAGGGAUUCCUCAGUGUGGGACGGAUGCUCUGAGAUUUGCUCUGUGCUCUCACAGGAUCCAAGGGGACACCAUCAGCCUGUCGGUGUCUCAGGUCCUGAGUUGCCGACAUUUUUGUAAUAAGAUGUGGCAGACGCUGCGGUUCACCCUGGGAAUACUGGAGAAUAACAGCACCACAGCAGUGGCAACGCUAAAGGAGACAUUUCCCAUGAGCAGCAUGGACCGGUGGAUCUGCUCGCGACUCUACAGCACGGUGUUUCAGGUGGAGAAGGCAUUCGAAGCAUACGAGUUGCACGUCGUCACAUCUGCGUUGCACUCGUUCUGGCUGCAGAGCCUGUGUGACGUCUACCUGGAGUGCAUAAAACCUUUGUUGACUCAGCAUGGUGGGCGGAGUCACAGGGAGGACACGAUGAAGGCAAGACAGGCGGUGGUCAGCGUUCUGUAUCACUGCGUGUCCUUGUCUCUUGCUCUGCUGUCCCCCUUCAUGCCAUUCAUCACCGAGGAGCUGUGGCAGAGGCUGCAGCCGUUUGGGGUCGGGGCUUCAGCGCCGAGCAGCCUCUGUCUGCAGACGUACCCACGAUCAGAGCAACUGGCUCACUGGUUUUUCCCUGAAGAGGAGAGAGAUUUCAUGCUGGCACAGGACGUGAUCGCAAAGGCUCGAUCACUGCGAACUCAGUGUAGACUGACCAAACAGAAACCAGACAUGUGGGUGGUGUGUUCUCCCGCUCAGGCUGACAUCCUCCUACGCUUUGAAUCAGCUGUUCAGACUUUGAGUCAACUCUCCAGCCUCCAUAUUUACUGUCCUGAUAGCGCAGAAGGCCCACUCACUGUAAGCUCCACCCCUCCACCUGCAGGCAGCCUGGUCAGUGUGGUCGACCACACCUGUCAGAUACACCUGCACGUCCAGAGUGGAGGAAAUGUGGAUAAACAGAUGCAGCAGCUCUCUCUGCGCAGAGACAAACUCGUUCUAAAGCUGGAGACAAUGCUGAAGAGAGUCCAAUCUGAUGACUAUCAGACCAAAGUUCCUGCCCACGUCAGGCAGUCAAUGGAUGCAAAGGUGUCAGCAUUGCAGCAGGAGUUGAAGACAUUGGAUGAGCAGAUCAUCGUCCUGCAGGAUACUCAGAGAAAUAACAACACCAGCUGAUGGACGUCUCCAUCUCUGUGAGGACAUCGCAGGAAGUAUUUAAGUCUGUAAGCUUAAAAGCUUCAUGCUGCAGAGACAUUAUAGAUUAUUAUCAUUAUCCAGUUCAUAAAAUACUGUUUAAUGCUUCAAACAGUCAGACCACAUCACUCACCUGCUGCAGGUAUCAAGAGGACAACAUACGGCAUGAUGGGAGCUUUGGUCCUAAACAGAGAGGAUCUAAGUGUACACGGCUGCUCUGAAUGUGAUCUGCUCUGUUUACUGUCCUUCAUAUCAGUGAUUGUUUUAGAAAAUAAAUGUUUUUUAUUUAUAAAUGUAUUUCUUUGGUGGGGAAACAGAAUCAGUGCCCUGCAUAUCUGUCUGAAGAAAUUGUAAAUAAAAUCUUGGUUUUGUGGA